CUAAGUCCUGAGCACCAAAAUCAAAGGAAAUAAAAUAAAAACGCUUAUAUAGGUUUCGAAUAAAACGUUUAAAAGUUUUAAGAGAUUGAAAGAAUUAUAAAAUGAACAGAAAUACGAGAAAUAUUGGUGAAAUUAAAAUAAACUCUAGUAUUUCAAUCGUUCAUUCUUUCAUUUUCUAUCCGUCCGCCCGGAUUAUCGUCGCUCACACGGCUAAGUUCUCGGGACUUAGUAUUUACUUAACAUCUUAAACGAAUUCUUUUCUUUUAAAUUCAAUUUUACAUACGAUAAAAUUAAUUUCUCUCGAUUUCCUUUGACUUUUUAACUCGGGACUUAGAAAAUAUUUUACAACAGUAGACUCUCGAUGUCAACAACAGAGGGCGAGGGAAUUUAUUCCCGUUCACCUCUACAACGGGUAGAUAUAGAGAUAAAACCGCGCAUUUAAGCCCGUAGAGGCAACUUAGUCUCCCGAGAGGUUGUCAAGGAAGGCCAUUCCAGUCAACCAAGAAGGAAGUCACUUACCAGGAGUCCGACCGGACCAGAUGCAAGCUUCAACUAUCCAAGAGUUCACGAUGGAAGAGGAGAUGGAGCUGUUAGAGCGAAUGGUCCAACAACAGCCGUACCUGAUUUUGGAGCCAAUCGCCGAGCCAACCACCGAGACAAGCACCGAGAUCACCACACUCCCAACUACCUCAGCAACUACCUCGUCAAGUACAGCCACCAAUACCCGGAAAAGGCCCGACAUACAGCUAAGGAAGGUCCAAAAAGUGAAGUACCACCUGGUCAAAAAGGUCAAGCCAUACGACCCGACCAAGCCCGGUUUCAAAAGGCCAACCAAAAGGCCCGUAAUUCGGCCAGCCAGCGCCGAAAUAAUAAAACUUGCCAAACCAGUAAAGGCGACCACCAACCCGGGCCCACUGGUAAUCAGCGGUCCCCAGUCAACGGCCGAACUGGUUGGGGAGAGCCCCCGUGGGAAACACAACGAUCCCACGAGCACCAACCUCGAUACUGGCCACGUCAGCAGUAAGGAGCAGCUCGACAACGACGAUGCCUUUCCCGCUCGAGCCACAGCGAGUUUCCCUAAGAAGAAACGGAGGAUAGGGGGACAGAGAAGGGAAUCGACUGCGACCAACCCGGGCCCACUCGUAAAGAGCAGUCCCCAGUUGGGCAAAUUGAUCAAAAAGGUAAAUCCAGUGAUCAGGAACGAGGCGACAACCACGACGAGACCUAUUAAAGUAAUUGUCACCAACCCGGGCCCAUUCCGAAGGAACGGUCCCCAGCUAGCAACAAUCGAACCUGGGAAAACAAAGAAAGGACUUGCUACCAACCCGGGCCCAUCCUCAAGGGACAGUCUCCAGCUGGCAACAACCAUCAACGCUGGCUGGAUUGACUACGAUGACGCACCUCUAUUAGCCGACUAUCCGGAGUACGUUGAGUCCAGCCCGGAGGAUCUGUUUCCGCCACCGAAAAAGGUCCAGACACCGUUGCAGCGGCUACUGGCAGCAUUGACCCCUCUAGCCGAAGUAAGGCCAAAGACUGUGGCCAAGAAGGCAAGUUUUACCGCCUACGAUGAAACAUUGAGGGUAUACAAGGUGACUCGGUAUGUAAAAGGUCCAACGCCGAAGAUAGAGCCGACGGGGAAGACUGUCUGGGACAUGCUGGCCAGACUCAGGGAACGAGAGGAAUAAAAAGACAGGAAGAAAAGAGGAUAGCAGGCUAUCCCCUUUUCUUUGUUGAGGUAGGAGGGGUGUGAUGGUGGAGUGACCCAGUGAACCCAGAACAGAGGACACCUGUGAUUAUUAUUUAUAAACUAUUAUUAUUACUAUUUUCUUAUACCUAUGACUUAAUACUACUUAUUCACUAAUUAUUAUUUUCAUAUCUACUGGACUAUCGGUUACACUUAAAACUAGUAGGCUUAAAAAAUAGGACUAAAAUUCUAAAUAUUAUGUUCCUUUGUUUAAACAAAUUAAUUACUACUGUACUUAUACUACUCUAUUAUCUAUUUACUUAAAAACUAUUACUUAUGUUUCUAUUUAAUAUGACUUAUACUUUUGUAUAUAAUACUUUCUUUUUUUUCUUUUCUUUCAUUAAUAUAAACAUUAUUAUUUUUCCUUAACAAUGAGUUAUUAUUAUUAUUUACACUUAUAAGGCUGUGCUUUUAAAAUCUAAGUCGAAUGAAUAUACCGAGAUAUAAAAUUAUAUGGAUGUACGGUAUAAGUAUGUGAAUGCGCGACCGAGCGAAAAUUAUUCUAAGUCCUGAGCACCAAAAUCAAAGGAAAUAAAAUAAAAACGCUUAUAUAGGUUUCGAAUAAAACGUUUAAAAGUUUUAAGAGAUUGAAAGAAUUAUAAAAUGAACAGAAAUACGAGAAAUAUUGGUGAAAUUAAAAUAAACUCUAGUAUUUCAAUCGUUCAUUCUUUCAUUUUCUAUCCGUCCGCCCGGAUUAUCGUCGCUCACACGGCUAAGUUCUCGGGACUUAGUAUUUACUUAACAUCUUAAACGAAUUCUUUUCUUUUAAAUUCAAUUUUACAUACGAUAAAAUUAAUUUCUCUCGAUUUCCUUUGACUUUUUAACUCGGGACUUAGAAAAUAUUUUACAACAGUAGACUCUCGAUGUCAACAACAGAGGGCGAGGGAAUUUAUUCCCGUUCACCUCUACAACGGGUAGAUAUAGAGAUAAAACCGCGCAUUUAAGCCCGUAGAGGCAACUUAGUCUCCCGAGAGGUUGUCAAGGAAGGCCAUUCCAGUCAACCAAGAAGGAAGUCACUUACCAGGAGUCCGACCGGACCAGGUAAGCGAAAUCUAUUUCUCUCGAGGAGGUUUUAAGGGACCCCACUCCAAGGCCUUCUGCCAAGGGGUGGUAGGUGAAACUAUCCGCGUAGGUGGGGGUUUGUUGGAGGCCAUCCACUUACCCUCUGGGACGGGACUUCGUGUAGGGCCGACGGGGUAGUCGACCAGACUCCCCUGAAGCACCCGGGGAGGGGUAGUACCGCGUGGUAGACCGCAAAUCUUUUGAGUAUGUGUGUGACCGUGUAACCGUGUAAACCGUGUAUAGAUUGUUUAAUUAGCAAUAAACCGUGUAAAUUGUUGAAUAAACAACAAGCCGUAAUUUUAUAAUAUUGAAACCGCGUUUAAUUAUUAAUAUUAAUUAUUGUAAGAGGUAGUAGAAAAGGGCUGGAAGCCAUUGUAAUUAUUAAAUAAUAAAUCCUAGUUUCUUAUUUCUUUUCUAAAUCUGUGUUUUCUUUCUUUUAAAAAAAAGAGUUUCUUUUGUUUAGUUAAAGUAAAGUUUUGUUGACUUGAUUAAUUAGCACUGUCUAUAAAUUAAAAACCCCUUUUGAACCCUGGACUCCGGCGAGCUAAACCAAGCAAAAAGGGGUAGUUGGAUAAUUUAUACAGUCUAAUUUAAGAGAUUAACCAUUACUUCUUUUGAUUGAUUAAAUCGUUCAUAUUUUUACUCACUAAUUUUCUUUCAAUAUAUAUUUUCUGUUUCGUCUAACUUCUGACUUUCUGGUGACAUACAAAACUGAUUUGACGUCUUUCUGUGAUACUAAUUAAUUAAUUACUCUUCGACUAUUUUAUAAUUAAAACCCAAUUA